CGCCCCCUCCCGCCAUGGCGCGCUCACCCGCCUCCGCCGCCGCGGCGGCGCCCCCCCCUCCGUGGCCGGACUCCCGGCAUGCCCCGCGCGCGGGGGGGGGCUCCCCCCAACCUGCCCCACACCCCUCGCUCCCCCCUUCCAGCCCCACACGUGCCCCCCCCUCACCCCAUAGCCCCGACGGGCUCUGCACCCCCCCACCCAUCCCUAUCCCCUUCCCCAUCCGGGACUCUUGGACCCCCCCUCCGGGACACCCCGAGGCCCCCCCCGGGGUGGGGGGGUCCCGGAGGGUCCUGUUCGCUGAUGCUUUGGGGCUGCCCCUCGCUCGCCUGCGGCAAUACCGGCCCUGGGACCCCCGAGGGAGGGGGGGGCACCCGGUGGGAGGGGGGGGGAUCGGGAUGGGGGGGGUUUGGGGGGGGGAAUGGGGCGAGGGGGGCGAGCAGCCCCCCGGGAGCUGGAUGAGGCCUGGGAAGGGCAGGCCACAGGAGGCAGAGGAUGUGCAGCCCCCACCCCCUGACCACCAUAUGGAGCCUGACCCACCCCCAACACCCCCCCCGGAUGCAGAGCAGCCCCUUAUACAGGGUGCUGAGGAGGAGGCGGUGGCGCGGGAGCUGGAGCUGCUUUACCUCUCCCACCUCCGACGGCAACGGGGGGAGCCCGGUGAUAACGGGGAGCCCCCCCCCCGAAACGGGGCCCCCCCAUUACCGGAGCGAGCCCCCAACACCUCCUUAGCCAAUGAGAUGGCGUUGCAUUACGAAGCCGGGGGGGGCCGCCGUAGCCCCCCCGUUUUAUUGGGGAGGGGGGGGCCGGUGGAAGGGGCGCUCUUGGUACCGGCCAGGGCCCCCCCCCGGGGCAGGGGGUUGGGGGGGGCCCUGCGGGGUUGUGGGGUGCUGUUGGCAUUGGCGGUGCUGGUACCGGUGGCUUGGGGGGACGGGGGGGGCCCCACGGCGGCGCUGGCGUUGGGGCUCUAUUUAGCACUGGCUUGGCUCACAUAA